AAAUUAAAACUGAUUUGCUUUUUCUGAAUGAAUUAUUUGUGGUUUAUCUUCUAGCACCGUGAGCGAGGGAUGCGCUUCUGUGCGGAGGAUACUCUUCGGGUCUAGCCGGAGUCAGGCAUGUUGUUCAGGAUGGUAAAACUCAGACUACUCAAUACGAUUGCACCUGCAUACUUCUACACUGCAACCGUGGUCACAUUCACCUUCCACUUCCUCCUCUUCAUGCCCACUGUUUUCCGAAGUCCAGAUGUGGCGCGAAAUCCCACCAUGCUGGUCCACAUUGCCGUCUUUCUCUUCCUCAUGGGGAACGCGCUGGGCAAUUACACGAUGACUAUAUGGUACCCAUCUGAGAGUGCCAACGAGACAGUUAUUCCAGUCUGUUCACCCGACUGCCCGGACCGAAUUGAUGCCCACUACCUCCUGAAUGGACGCCACUUCUGCAAAGUGUGUAAGAAAGUGAUUCUAAAACGGGACCACCACUGCUUUUUCACAGGAAACUGUAUUGGGAAUAGGAACAUGCGCUACUUUAUUAUGUUCAGCAUCUAUACAUCCUGCUGUUGUCUGUAUUCACUGGUAAUUGGGGUGGCGUAUCUUACGAUAGAAUACUCCAUUUCCUUUGAGAACCCACUGACGUUCCUCACUCUUCUGCCACUCUCGACAGGUUACUUCUUCCUCGGUUUGAUUUCAGGUCUCCAGUUCUUUCUGGUUAUAAUGCUAUACGUCUGGCUGGGUAUCGGACUAGUGAGCGCCGGUUUCUGCUGUCAACAGCUUCUACUUGUAGCCCGAGGGCAAACCUGGUGUGAGCUGCAAAAAGGGCAGUUGUCAGAGGGUCGCGGGACCUGGCGUGCCAACCUGACUGAUGUUUUCGGUUCCCGUUGGGCUCUGGGCCUUUUCCUGCCAGUUCAGACUGUUGAAACCGUACCUGGGAACUGGCAGGUCUACCAUGAUCACAAACAUGACUGAAAAGCCAAGAACUUGCCAUAUCAGUGUGUUUAUCAUAAGUUGGCCUGAGUGGAACUGUUAUUAAAUAUGAUAAGGGCUCCAGUUCACUUGAGUUGUAUUAGCCCACACAACUGAUCUACAUUUUUAGUGGAUUUCUGUCAUCGCUGCGCAAAUUAGGAGAGCGUUAUGUCACAAAGGUGUGGUAAAACCCAUAUCUAUGUCUGUCAUCACUGUAAACUGAAACUCAAUUUCAGCCCUAGUUCAGGGCAGCAGUGAUUCGCAGCGGUAACAUCAGAGAAGGAGGCCAGGAUUAAAGGAUGGAAGGGUAUUUACAAAACAACGCACACUAGUUAAUCAGCACACUAUUACACAAGUGGCCUGCUAAAAUGUGGGUAACAUUUAGGUUAGUUAGAAUUUGAAUUGGCCACAUGC